AGCACCGCGGCCUGCACAGUGCCAGGUUCGGGCUGUGGGGGGGGGAGGGGGCCUGUGCGGGAGGAUUGCACAGGAGCUGUCUCUCCUUUCAUGCCAGUGAGCGGCUGGCGGAAGAGUCUGGACAGAGCCAUUACUCACCAGUCUCGCUUUUGUUUAACCGCCCAGCAGUGCUUGUGUGAAGUUUUGAAUAGGAGCAAAACUUGGAAGCAGCCAGAGAGAGACACAUCCCCGACCCCCGGCUGCAGGAACCCAGGAAAACUGCGUGGCACAACACUCCUACUUCAUGGGGAACCGCCCCUUAACCUGGGAGAAGAGAGCACAGAGCCAUCUGAAUGAAGGAUAAAGGGAUGCCAGCGUGCCAGCUCUUGGCACUGGCUUGCAGCUUGCUGGGCUCUGCUUUGGGGGAGUUCCUGGUACACCGGCACCCGGAGAAGCUGCCUCCCUCGGUGCCCCUGCAGCAAGCUCCAGGCUUGAAGGAACGUUUCCUGCUGCUUUCGCUGCACAACAAACUGCGGAGUAAAGUCCAGCCGCCUGCUGCCAACAUGCAGAGGAUGGACUGGAGUGAGAAGCUGGCCCAGCUGGCCCAGGAGCGAGCAGCCAACUGCCUGGCGGGGGCCCUGCCCCACCCUCCACACCACACUAAGCAUGUAGGCUGGAAUGCCCAGCUGCUCCCCGCCGGGGCGGCCAGCUUUGCCGCCGUGGUGGAGCUGUGGUUCAGCGAGGGACGGAGCUACGACUAUCACGCAGCACAGUGCCUGGAGAAUGCCACCUGCAGCCACUACACCCAGCUGGUCUGGGCCACCUCCAGCAGGCUGGGCUGCGGGAAGCAUGCCUGCAUCGAGGGCCAGGAGAGGAGAGAGGCUUUCGUCUGCGCCUACUCCCCAGGGGGGAACUGGGAGAUGAACGGGAAGACGAUCAUCCCUUACAAGAAAGGAGCCUGGUGUUCACUCUGCACCUCAGGAUGCUCCGGAUGCUUCAAGUCAUGGGAUCACAGUGGGGGGCUGUGUGAGGUCCCCAGGAACCCCUGUCGGAUGAGCUGCAGGAACGACGGGCGGUUGAACAUGAGCACCUGCCACUGCGACUGCCUGCCAGGGUACACGGGCCGGUACUGCCAAGUGAAGUGCAGCAUCCAGUGUCUCCACGGGAGGUUCAGGGAGGAGGAAUGUUCCUGCCUCUGUGACAUCGGCUAUGGCGGAGCGGAGUGUGGUAUGAAGGUUCAGUUCCCUUUCCACACCUGCGACCUGAGGAUAGACGGGGACUGCUUCAUGGUUUCCUCUGAGGCAGACACGUACUAUGGAGCCAAAAUAAAAUGCCAGGAGAAAGGAGCCGUGCUGGCCCAGAUCACAAAUCAGAAAGUGCAGGAUAUUCUGGCCUUUUACUUGGGGCGUUUGGAACCCACCAAUGAGGUGACAGAGCCGGAUUUUGAGACCCGGAACUUCUGGAUCGGUCUGACCUAUAAAACGUCCAAGGAUUUGUUCCGCUGGGACACGGGCGCCCAGUACUCCUUCACCAGCUUUGCGUUUGGCCAGCCAGACAGCCAGCGGUUUGGGAACUGCGUUGAGCUCCAGGCAUCGGCCGCCUUCAACUGGAACGACCAACGCUGCAAGACCCGAAACCGCUACAUCUGCCAGUUUGCUCAGGAGCACAUCUUCCUGUGGCAGCCCGAGCCCUGAGCCCUCACAGCUUCCAGCUGCUCAGCGGUGGGCACGACGUCGCCUCCAGCCCACACACGGCUUGAGAGAAAGAACCCGUUGCUGCUGUUCUGCCAGGUCCUCUACCGACCCCCUGGGCACUUGGCCCAUCCCAGCCACGCUGACACCCCCCUGAGGGCCGGGGGCCGGAGGUGGCGCCAGGACCUGCCGAGUGCUCCGGAGACAGCGCUUCCAGGGCUGCCCUUCCAGACUGGAGCGGAGGCGUGAGGGGGCCCAGAUCAACCUGCACAGCUGCUCCAGGGGCCCUGACUCCACCAGAGCCAUCGCAGUCGAGCCAGGUGGAGGUCUCUGGGGUGCAUCCCAGCCCCUUGCCCAUGGAACAGCCCUGAGCUCCUGUAAAACAGCCACUCCCUCACACAUGGCCGCCGGGGCAGAGGCAGCUGCUUCAUGUCCCCACCCCCUUCCUCUGGGGCAUGAUGGCACGUCUGCACGGGGAGCCCCUCGCUUCUCCCGGCUGUGCCAGAGGGAGCAGGGCGCCCCCCAGUGAUUCCCCCAGUCCAUCGCUCCACGGCCCUGAGACGGAAUAGGGCCAGCUUAGCGGACUCUGCGGGAGUCGCUGGUGGGAGCGGGCUGGGGAGCUGAGUGGCGCAGAGUCAGCCCUGGCAGAGCACCGCCAGCUCUAGGCAGGACAGUGGGUCCCCCCAAAUCACAGCCGAGACACGCCCUGCGGAGAAGGCAGAUGUGGCUGCUGGGUCUAGGACUCGGUGUCCAGUCGCUAGCCAGGGCCAUCCCACCUCCCGCUGUAGCUGCAGGAGGCAGCCUUCCCCGGGCAGGCAGGUGCAGCGUGGCCACGCUCUCAGCCCCACGCCCCUUCGCUCUGCCAGUCGGCCCUGCCAUGGCUCAGUGCUAACAAAGCUGGGUAGCUCCAGUACCAACCCGCUCUCAGCUCCCGAGGGCCUAGAGGCUUCUCUGUUCAGGCCUGUUCUUUCGCGCUGUGCAGCAGCUCUCUGGCCGGGGCACUGCCUAAGCGACAUGAACUCAAGACCUGGGGCUGUUCUAAUAAAGCUGGUCCCUGUCUCCAGCUGCGGGGCUGGCCCAGGUGAGCGGCUGGGAGCCACCUGCCUUGGCAUGGAGCAAAAGGAAGAGAAAAAUGGAGAGUGGUGAAAGCAAAAGCCAGGGGCCCUCCUCAGCCUGUCACCUGCUCCCUGCUGCAAUCAUCUCUCCUGCCACUUCCCACUGGCAUCUUACACUGGGCUAGGGCCCCCCUCCUGCCUGCCAUCCCAGGGCUCGGCUCGCCUUCUCCCUCAGCUGCUCUCAUGCAUUGUGGCUGGCCUAGAUGGGCAAGGAGGGAUAGCUUAGGGGUUUGAGUAUUAGCCUGCUAAAUCCAGGGUUCUGAGCUCAGCCCUUGAGGGGGCCAUUUAGGGAUCUGGGGCAAAAAUCUGUCUGGGGAUGGGUCCUGCUUUGGGCAGGGGGUUGGACUAGAUGCCUCCUGUGAUCCUAUGAAGGAACUGUUCUGCCAAGAGCUGUAUGUGGCUAGGUCCCCAGGGAAUGGGAGGGUUGCAGAUCUCAGCCCACAUGGGAGAUCAUGAAGUGCCCUGCAAAGAAAAAGCAAGGGGGCUUGGGCCAUUUUCUGCUGGGGGGAGGGUCUCUGCUUGGGUUUUAUACUGGAAAUUCAGAGCCUGUCUGGCCAGGCAGACUUGCAGGCAACUAGGGAGCUAGUGUAAACGAGGGAGGAAAAAACAAGGUUUAGUUCUUAGCACUGGAUGGGCGUGUCUAGGAUCAGGCCAUGGUGCAAGGUGCUGUACAUACACACAACAGAGACAGCCUCAGCCCUCAGGAGCUCAUGGCCGAAGGAUUUAAAACCACUGGUGUUUGCCACCAGCUGCAGUACUCACUGCCUUGGGAACAUUUUGGAGAAACUGUUUUGGGAGAGAUUCCACGCACACACAGCAUAUCCCCAGGGAAUAGCCAGCAGCAACUCCAGCCAAGCUAACCCCGUCACCCGGCUAUUUCAAAGCAGGAAAGGGCCGAAACCCAAACUAAACCCGCUGGCCCAUUCCCUAGCCUAACAAAGCACCACCGGGCCACCAGUCCUGGGUUAGAACAUCUGCUACAGGCCCCGUGAAAGGAGCUAACCGUGACGUCAGCAUUAGUCCAGCCCAGCGCCUGGCCAGGGGUAGGAUCCUGGGGAUCCCGGGGUGGGGCACGUAUAUGAAGAUGUUGUAAAUAGGGGAAAUUUUUUUCAUCUGAAAUUUUUUCCUCUCUGAAAAAUGCAACUUCAGGUCAACUGAACCGUUUGGUGAAUUCACGGUGAACUUGCCGAAUCAGUCAGGGAAAAAGCCCCAAAACCUCGGCAAAGAUUGCCAAAAACAUCACAACAUUUCCCCCACAUCAACAUGAUUUUUAGAUGAAAUUUCCUUCAAUGUUAUUACAGAAAAUUAAAAACCUUGUAAAAGGUUCAGAAAAUAAAUGAAACAUUUUGUUUAGUCUGAAACAACCCCCAAACCUUUCCAUUUUAGGUCACCCUCUAUCCAGCCCCCCCGCCCCCGCAGCCAGGCUGCCCCCUGCAUCGCUGCAAGGAUUCAGGGCAAACACCAGCACUUCACCGUUUAGAACGUGCCGCACAAACGUUAACCAAAUCAUUCUCUGUCAUUUCCAUUGGGGGGGAGGUUGUACAGAGGACAGUGCAAAGGUGCCAGUGGAGGAACCCCACAUGGGAGCAGGGGAGCACGCCCAAAGGAGCAGGGAUCCUGUUGAUCAGUAAAAACGCAGAAAAAUACACGUGAUGGGAUCCCCCUGGGGUGCAGUCUGGGACUGUGGGACCACUGUGCCCCUGAACUCUCUCCAGCCUGGGCUGUCUCUCACAAUACCUUGCUAGAGACCAGCAGCAAACCCCUCCAGGCGCUGUGAUCACUCAGCACAACCACAUGUGGAGACCAAAUACCGAGCUACAUUGCAUGAAUGCUCCCAGAGCCACUCAUGAGUCACACAGAAAAAGGCAUCAGAGCCAAAUCCCCACACCAGCUCCCAGCACUGUACCCCAGGAAUAUACCAUCUUGAACUGCUCAAGAUGAGCAAUGCAAAUGUAUUAAUUGGUUCACCACUUCAUCAAUGGAAAGUGGAUAUACACCAGCCUUUGUACCCUGAGCAGAUUUGCCCCACACUUCAUACAAACUCACUGGUAAAGAUAAACAAUUAAACAAAUUUAUUAACUAUAAAAGGUAGAUUUUAAUUGAUAUUAAGUGAGAGGCAAAAGUCAGAGUUAGUUACCAAAAUAAAAUAAAAUAUAAGCACACAGUCUAAACUCAGCCCUAUUUAGUAAUGUCUAAAUGAAGCACAAUUCUCAUAACUUCCAGGCAUUAAUGAUACACAUCUAUGGCCAGAGAAAUGACUUUCGGCAGAUCGUAACCUUUCCCCAAUACCUUACAAGCCAUGCUUUCUAUGUAAGAUCACGAUUUCGUACAGAUGAGGAAUAUGGGAGUUCCUGGCCGCUCCCCCAAGGUAUAGAAUGUCACAACACACAAAGGAAGAUGUCAAUGAAUUGUUUCUCCUAGACCAUUGUUCACUCUGUCCCACUAGCCCUUAGGGCAGCCUCCCACCUCUGUCCAGUGCAAACCCAGCUUCUGAGUGAGGAAUCCAGCACUGCCGCCAGCCUUUAAAAUACUCUGGUUAAAGGGACACGUUCUCCUAAGGCAGCAGAACAGUCCAGUGCUCACAGGGAUGGGGGAGUAGGACCUGUAACAGGGGGCAUCAGGAUUUUUAAUAUCACCCUCUUGCGAAGCGUGAUACUGCAGGGAAAUGACCUGUGUGUGGACUGCAGAUCGGAGCUGCUGACCCUACUGGCUGCCAAUCCAGAUUGGAGGUCCUGAUCCGACACCCCAUUCAGAGAAUGGGAGUUUCCCCACUGGGCCCUGUAGCCACCAGAAUGGUUUCUGACAUGCUGGUCAGUGCGUCUGAGAGUGCAAUGUGUGAGUCUCUUUAACAGGCCACAGCAGUGGUGAGAAUAGAUGGCUGCUGGCUCAGAUCUCAGCAGCGGCCAGGUGCAGGACACAGAAAGCUAAGGCAUGGUAUGGCCCUGGCUCCGUAUACCACAGGAGCCACAUAUUAGACAGGGUGAUGAUAACAACACCCAGCCCAUGGCUAGCACUUUUCGUCAGCAGAUCUCAAAGUACUUCACAAAGGGCGGCGGGGGGGGUGGGGGGGGGCGGCAAUAGCCUUAUCACAGGGGUCGGCAACCUUUCAGAAGUGCUGUGCCUAGUCUUCAUUUAGUCACUCUAAUUUCAGGUUUCGCGUACCAGUAAUACAUUUGAAUGUUUUUAGAAGGUCUCUUUCUAUAACUCUAUAAUAUAUAACUACACUAUUGUAUGUAAAGUAAAUAAGGUUUUCAAAAUG